CCCCGAGCUUCCUGUUUCCCCACAUGCAGAUAAGAUAGAAGCUCUAAAGGCUGUAAAUGGCUGCAGAGACAACUAAGGUACUCCGGAGCAAACCAUUUAAACUGUUUGGGGCCAUUUCUUAUCCAUUAACUUCUCAACAUAUGGAGUCCUGGAGCCACGAUGCGCCAACCUUCUUUUCAAUAUUUCCAUCCUAACUUCUUUACCAUUCCGCCAUUUCCCGACCACAAAUAACCAUCCUCAUGACCUCCGCUUGCCAACAUUCGAGAUGACGGAGCUUGUACCGGAACAGCCGCAAAUGGCGGAUGCUUCCCACGAUUAUAAUCACGAUCACGACCACGAUCAAGAUCUCGAUCUCGACCCGCCUCCGUUUGCGCCUAUCUUCACCCUCGUGAAUAAUACAUCAACACGUACAACUCAUCAUCCUCAUGUGCGCUACAUCUUCAGCGACGAUGAUCCAGACAUCCUGACACAAGCACUAGCCGAACUUGAUACCGGUGCCGACGAAUCAUCCUCCGACCCAACCCUAAGGCGUAGUAGGGCUAUGAUAUUGGACUUAGCACCCGACUCUAAAGGCGGUUAUAACGUUGCUUGGGCCUCAAGCUUGUCGGCGUCAUGGGCGGUGUUGGAUACUCAACUGGACCAUAUACCUCCGCCUUCAUCAGACGGAAGCAACGACGGCAACGAUGGCGGAGAUAAUAGUGCUCGGGUUGAUCGUCUGAUGCUCCGGAUCGAUGGUAUAGAGACUAGCGCUCUGGGCUCAGAGGGCGGGACUUCCGGAGAUGCAAGCAGACAAGGCUCUGGUAUCGCAAGCGGCGGUGGAAGCGGUCAUCAUGAUCGUGAAAAGGGAGAGACCGAAGACUACACGAAUAUUGUAGACAAAUUUGAAAGACGAAUGACCACGUUACGAAAGAUCGUCGAAGCUGGCGAGGAAAGGCGACGAAUAAUUGCUGCAGCAUAUACCACCGAGCCCAUGCAAGAAGCAAUAGAAGGGAAUUACCCAGCAUAUUGACGGCGUUAAGAGGGAUUCAUACCUGUUCGACAUGGCGCUUGGACUAUUACGUUUGCAAUAUGUUGCACUGUUGGGGUAUCUUUGAAUUAAUGGAACGACAACUAGAGUCGGACUUGUAUCACCGACUGGAAAGAUCACGAAGAAUGUUAAUCAGGAACACAGAACUGCAGAUCGCCACAUUGAUUGGAAGAGCGUCAUACGGAACUAUGAAGCUAAGACCAUGUGUUAUGUGCCAUGUGGCUUAGGCAUAUUGGAGGGAGAUUUGACUUAGACAGUCCACGAGUUAUUAAUGAGGACUUAUGCAUCUACACCAAUCUCAUGAUGUUGACAUUACCAUAAGUCCUUUGAAGGCCUUCGG